AUGGCAGCAAACUACACCGUCUCUCGCGUGGUUGACAUUCUGUCGCACCUAGGAGGCCCUGAAUGCACGCAUGAAGACCUUCAGUGGUCUAUAGACAUCCCUGCAGGGCAACAAUUCCUCCAAUGGAUAGCAACGCAAGUCCCUGAGGUCGACUCGCCGUUCAACCUCGGCGCCGGGAAAACCUUGCACGCAGCAUUACGCCCCAUCGCUUUGAGUCAAGAAGAACUAGAUCUAAUGUCGGCCACACGUGCCAAAACUAAGGCCGCCGACGAGGAUCCUGUGCCCGAUACGACCCGAGUUGGAGGACUCCUCAGGACUGCUGGACGUUACGAGACUCCCUUGCAAAUACGGCACCGUCUCGAGACAGCAGAAGUUCAGGCCGAGGUCACGGAACGACAAAUAGCUCGACUGAAAACUCGCCUCAAGGCCUCGAAAAUUGCUGCUCUAGAUUCAAAGCAAGCUAUACAUUCGCUGAAGAAGGAUAUACAGUCCGCGGAUCGAUCUAUUGACAAGCAGCAGCGGCAAGUGGCGAAGCUUUCAGAUGAGGUACAAAAUACCAUCUCUAUCUGUACGUAUAUGGGUGAUCGAAUUACGUCUCUUUCAGAGGAGUCUCAGGAGUCUGGUUUCCUCCAGAAAUCGAAAGCCACAAUUGCUUCUCUGAAAAGUGCUCGUUCCUCCGCGGCGACGUCUACACGUCGACUAUACGAAAACCUCGACGCCGCAUACAGCUCGCUUCCUCACGCCGGCGAACUUCAGCAAGAUGCCGCUCGAGUACAAUCCAUACUCGCAGAUGUGUCAAACCAACCCGAAGCGCUUCUUCAAGCCGCAUAUAUCAACCAUCUGGAAGUAGCCACGAAGAGACUGAGCAGCUCAGCGAGCUUACAAGCGCUUCUGAGCGAAUGUGAUGCUUUUGAAGACGCAAUAGACGCGAAGGACGGCGAUGUGAAAGCUGACCUGGUAGUUGAUGUUAAGAAGGAACUUGAGAAUGCGGGAAGACUUGAUCGUCUUGCUUUGCUAAACUUUCAAGAGAGGGGACUGGAUGAGGCUUGUAUCACUCGCUCUUGUUCAAGUCGUGUCCAACCAGCGCUAGAGACAGUGCACACAUGCCUUCGAUCUCGAAGUACCCUUGCGAUGGAGGCUGAAGCAAUCGUCAGUGCUCUUAUAGAAGAACUAGAAGACAUCAAUGAUGCCGCAGAGUCCGUCAGAGGAAUCCGGGAAACACCAACCCAAGGCCACUCUAGGGACACCGAUGGCAUCCUUGAAUCAGAGUUCAUCCUUCUCCUGAAGAGAUUAAUUGGCUCGCGGCCCGGCGUCGUCGAACGAGCGACUGUCCUUCUCAACCGCGAAGACGUCGAUAGGGAAAUCAACACGCUCACCCAGGAGAUAUCGCACGCGAGGUCCCAGGAAGACAAGUGGGUGUCAGAUCUGCGUGGUCGCCUCCACAACUUGUCAUCGAGUACCGACCCGCUCGUUUCCACUGUGUACUCCAACGCUCCCGUGAACACAUCUCCUCCAUUUGCACAGCCGGCGCCCCUUGAGGCAUUGUGCACACAAACGCGCGCCAGGGCAGAGGAGCUCGCGGCAGCGGCGGCUAAAUUGCAGCAAGUAACCGAGUUGAGCUCUCGGGACAAACGCAAGCUGGGCGUGUUCGUGGAGAAGUGGACCCUUUAG